AUGCAGCGGCUGUGGUGUUUAUUUGAGUUGGCUGCCUUCUUGCAUAGCCGCGAAGCGGGCACCAAGACCAGGCUGACAAUUCGCCCCACGCUGUUGGGUCCCUUGUUUCUGAUUACCGUCUUUUCUUUGAUCAUUUUCAACGCUGUAACCACAUUUGCCUGGGUCCUGAUCGAGAGUUUCUGGUACUUUUGGCUGGUCGUUCUCCUGCUGUCAAGUGUGAACUUCUGGUUAACUGCUCACAUGGGUCGCGGCUACUGCAGGACCAUAGAGAGAGUGCGAGACGAGAUUGCAGAGUUCAGUGUUGACAAGUUAGUAAGCUGGUGCUGCUGUGUGGGGCAUAAAGAUCCAGCCUCCGGAGUGCGUUUGACAUGCGACCGGAAGAUCAUCUUGCAAUGUAUUCAGAUAUGGUUUGGCACGGUCAACGCCUUCGAGAAUCGAGUACAAACAGAGAUCGUGCGGAUUCUCGUGGAUCAGCUGUCGAAUCAGGUGCUUUCGUACGGACAGCUGGUCACAGUCACAGUCCCCAUAACUUGGGGGUACCUGGAUGUCGUCUUUGACCAGUUCCUGGUUGGAAACUAUGCGGAUGCCAUUCACAGCCUGAUGCGCGGAUUGACCUACGGGCUGGCCAUGUCUCCAUCCCUCAUAUUGCUUUUGUUCCGGCUGGCGUACUACUUGCGGAGGAAGCGCAGCUCGCAUUUGCUAGACUUGCUCAUGUCAUCGCUUGUCAUCCUUUGUGGUCUUUGCCUUUUUGUGGGCUUCGUGGCCUUGGAUCUGUCGACCUUCAAUGUAUUUCUACCAGGAGCUCCAAUCGCCGCCGGGAUGAUAUUUUGUGUGCCGACAGUCACCGCAGCACUACUAGUUUGGAGAGUCGUGCCCAAGACCAAGCUGCUCUAG